AUGUCUGGUUCAACUUCACCUCAGCAAUCUGUUCCCACCUUAUUAUACUCGCAAAAUUCUCAACCACUCGAUCAUUAUGAGAACAACAACGAUAACAAACCCGUUCAAAUUAAAUCCGAGUAUGAUUACCGAUACGACAUCGAUUCUACCGUUUCAAGUGUAGAAUCAUCCCCUCACAUCGUUGCUGCAAAUGAAUUCGAAACAUCAUCUCAGUUCACAUACAACUACCCACCUCCUCUUUGUGAUGAUUCUUCCAGUGAACCUUUAUCUUCCGCCACUUCCCCCACUGUACCCACGGGUGGUGAUCUCGCCUUUGCCUUGUCUCCAGACUCCCUUUCCCAGUAUUAUAGCAUUAUUCAAAGCACUCCCCUCGAUCAAAAUUCCGGGGUACAACCUUCCUUUACUGAUCAAAUGAGGUUCAUCAUUUACGAACCUCGUCAAAAUGAAAACGUUUCACUUAUCAAUGCUCCCAAUAAUUAUCAGAUGCCAAUGUGGCAGAUACCUUUACCGACUUCAGGUAUCGACAAUAGACCAAUCACGACAGUAGCUUCCACUCAGAGUUCUCUAAAUCUACCUUAUGAUUACUCCCAAAAUCAAGUAUUGGUAAAUCCCGCACAGAUAAAUCCUCUUCCACCGGCUCACUUAAGAUCUCACUCCCCUGCUCGACCAUAUCAGUGCCCAAUGUGUCCAAGAUCAUUCUCGAGGAAGCAUGAUUUGCAACGACAUAUUCGAGUUCACACCGGUGUUAAACCUUAUCAAUGCCCAUGCUGUCGAAAAGCGUUCGCUCGUACAGAUGCACUUCGACGUCACUUUAAAAUGGAAGAAACUUGCAGGAAUUCACCAGAGGUUCAAAACAUGAAGACGAGAAGAAGAUACUCUGAGAUGCAUUAA